AUGCGAUCCCCUCAGCCGCUUCGCAACGGCGGUGAUAACAGUUGUUCACCGUCGCACAACCCUCGCUUCCAGUCCACUGUGGCGGAACACAAACUACGCCGUUUCAACUCCCUCAUCCUCGUCUUCCGCCUCGUCUCCUUCUCCUUCUCCCUCGCCUCCUCCGUCUUCAUGCUCACCAACACUCGUGGCUCCGAUUCUCCUCACUGGUACCACUAUGACACCUUCAGAUUCGUUCUAGCCGCGAAUGCGAUAGUGGCGGUGUACUCCGUGUUCGAAAUGGGCGCGUCGGUGUGGGAAAUUUCACGAGGCGUAACACUGUUCCCCGAAGUGUUGCAAAUAUGGUUCGAUUUCGGACAUGACCAGGUGUUCGCGUACCUGCUGUUGUCGGCGAGCGCGGCGGGGACGACGAUGGCGAGGACGCUGAAGGAGAUGGAGACGUGUAGAGCGAGCAAUGCGUUCUGCGUGCAAACGGAUAUAGCCAUAGCGUCGGGAUACGCAGCGUUUGUGUUCCUAGGGUUCACGUCGCUCCUAACGGGCUUCCGCGUGGUGUGUUUCAUAAUCAACGGCUCCCGUUUCCAUCCCUGA